AUGAUGCGGCUGAAGGCACAGGCACAUGGACAGAUUCUUUUCUCUCUUCCCUCUCUCUCUCUUCUCCGCAUCGUCAUCGUCAGCGCCAGCCCGGAGAUGCAGAGCGUAGACAUUGGUAAUACUCUAGGGGCUGCGUACAUUGGCGGGACGGCGGCGGCGGCGUUGUACGGCGUCACGCUCCUCCAGACUACGAUGUACUACUUGAAGUAUCCGCAAGAUCCUCUUUACGUGAAGUCCCUGGUAGCAACUGUUUGGUUGCUGGACACUUUGCAUGUCGCCUUCAUGGGUCACUGGCUGUACUUCAAUCUGGUCUCGAGUCGUUUCGUCAUUUCCGGGCUCGAAAUCGCACUUUGGUCGCUUCCCUCAUCGAUCUUGAUGAAUUUAUCAUUGGCUGUCGUCAUCCAAAUAUGGUUUAUGAUGCGAAUCUUCUACUUCGCAAGGACGAAAGCUCGAUACUGGCUAUUGCUUGCCAUGACCGUAGCUGUGCUUGGCCAUCUCGCUUUCGGAUUAGAAUUCGUGGUCCUCAUGUUCUUUCAAGCUGAAGCUCAUGAGGUUGACGACGUGACACUCGGCGCGAUGCUACCUUUCACAUUCUUCAACAUUCUCUCUGAAGUUCUCGUUGCGGGUGCGCUCUGUGCUUUGCUUCGGCAUAAUCGGAAGAGUGGAGCGAAUGGAGUGCGAGAAGUCGUAAGAUUGCUCAUCGUAUACGCCAUCAAUCGUUGCGUUCUGGUCACGAUCGUAUCAGUCAUAGAAACGGCCCUUUUUCUCGGGUGGAGAAGUAGUUUGUGGUGGGUUACCGCUGACUUUGUCAUCGGGAAGAUCUGGGCCAACUCCUUCCUGGUAUCGUUGAAUAGCCGAGACGCCAUACGAAAGCGCUUUGACGGCGGGCGAACACCAAGUUCGCUCGUGAACGCGGUCAACCUGUCGGAAGCGGGACCCUGCCCACAUUCACGGAGGAGUGAUGGACAACAAUCCAGUAACCUCGUUCUCGGGCUGCCAAGCCAAAGAGGCAGCGAGCCAAACGCUAGUGCCAAUGGCAGCCAUAGAACCUAUCAGAGCAGCCAGGUGCUACCGCUCGACUCGGUGGAUGCUGUUUGA